AUGUGUUUGUGGCUAACAAGAGCCACAGAAAUGCUGUCCCUUAGCCGAGACCCGUCAGAUAUGAAGACCGAAACUCGUACUGGCUACGAACUCACGAAAAUGACGGGUUUCCGAACCGACAUGACCGUAAAGGAGAAGCUUUUUCUAGGGCUCGGCCACAUGUUUCGCAAGACGCUCGAUUUCAAUGCUCAGGUUCAACAAAACCCAGACCAUCUGAUAUCGUUGUCUCAGAACGAGAUCAUGGCACGAGGUGGAAUUCACCUGACCGAUCGGGUCCUUGCCUUUCCAUACUCUUUACAACAGGAAGGCCUUGCUCGUGAGGUGGAAACCAGAAACAGGAUGUACGGACUCUCCGCCAUGGACAUUACACUGGAGAUAGGAGAUGAGCCAAAGUACGACCCCGUCAAAGAGAGAAGACGACUUAGGGAGCACUUCUUGGCCAGGACUCCAUUCGUCAAAGGUGCACAUGCGAGACUGGCGACAGUGCUACGGUCACAUAACAAGAAGGUUCACACGAUUCCUGGCCUCGUGACCCGACGACAAGCCGGCCAGAUCAUGAACGUCGAAUGGCGACAGGACUAUGGUGGUAUGGCAAUGAGCAUGAGCUUCAGCGCAUUUCAGGGCAGAUCGAUGGAAGCCAACGGGUAUCGGAGGCGCGAAAUCCGGUGCCUGCACUUCCUGAGAGUAAAUGACAAGGACCGUGCCUCUCUCGGGCCGCAGCUGGACACCGCCACAGCUAAAGACUACGGGGCUGAUUACAGCAUGGAGAUGUUCUUACAGAAUGGCGUGGAUGGCAACCUAUCCAUGGUCGAGCUGGAUAUCACCGACGUCACCGGGAGAAAGCGCAGAUGGGUGUGCAUCGAGAUAACUAAGCCUCUGGUCCAAGCCCACGGCCCAGUUCCUUCUGAGCUUGUACCGAUGCCGCAUUCCUACCUCAGGAUUGCUGCGCCGUCCGACAAGACGUCGGUGAUGACGACCACGGAAGACUUUGAUGCAUGGCAGAAGCCGGGCCAGCCCCCGCAUCUGGGAAACUUUGAGAAACUCACGAUUCGGGGCCCUGUACGAACGGACAACGCAAACAGAGUGAGGCUGAGAAUGUGCCGCGACGGCGUUCCGAUCUUCGCGACUGGAUCGAAAAGGGGCAUAUCCGACGCCAGUCGGAUCGAAGACUUCCUCUCCGCGAAUAACGUCAUCGGCCUGCCCUGGAAGGAGACUGACCGCCGAGUGAGCAACAAUACCAAGAACAUGCGGAAGCACGAGUUCUGGGAGCGAUAUCUUUCGGCGGCGGAAACUGACAAGGCGCAGUGGAUGUCACUCCAGGACGCAAUGGCCAAAGAUAACUGCGUCGUGGACAUGACAUUUGAGGGGGAGUGGGAUGAGGUUAGUCCACGCGUGCAUGAACCGCGAGUUACUUGGACGCCCGAGGUGCCGCCGCAGACAGAACUAUCUCUGUUCGUGCCUCCGUUUAGGCCGCAAGGACGCGAUAAUGGCGGCAGUCGUCGUACUGGAAGUUCCGGGCUGCGCAAUGAAUGGCAGUUGUAGGUUGCCUCUCUCGACUGUCAAGGAUUGACAAGGCCCGAUUAAUGGGCCAAGUGUUUGCUCAGGGAGAAUACCCCAUAUUCGUUUUAUCAUAGACGAAGGAAGGUAGGUCGGGCAAGGUCAGCGGGCAAGGAAUCUGGCUUUUCAAUAUCUGGGCUGGGAGCAGGCAAUACCACGGCAGAACGGCGAGAAGAAAGUACAACUAGGUAGAGUUUACACAAUAAUGACAAUUCGCGACUGAACACGAUCGUGCUGUUUGCUUUAUCAACGCAGUUUCGAUAGCUGUCUAAGUAAGGCAGGCCAUCAUAGAAUAUGAACCUCACAAGUCUCAGUACUAGCAACUGUCAGACCUACUUCCUGGUACACGUGAUUCUCCCGAUUAUACGAUCAACCGUAAUGAGAUGUUACUGCUGCGCUCCUGCCGAGAUAGAUCGCUGCUAUAAUUGACU